GCCGAAGAUGCGGCGGGGCUGGAAGAUGGCUCUGUCCGGGGGGAUACGGUGCUGCCGCCGUGUACUUUCCUGGGUGCCUGUGCUUGUUAUCGUCCUCGUCGUGCUCUGGUCCUACUAUGCCUACGUCUUUGAACUCUGCUUGGUGACUGUUUUGAGCCCAGCAGAAAAAGUUAUCUACCUCAUAUUCUACCAUGCCAUCUUUGUGUUCUUUACCUGGACCUACUGGAAGUCUAUUUUUACACUCCCACAACAGCCAAACCAGAAGUUCCACCUGUCCUAUACCGACAAGGAGCGCUAUGAAAAUGAAGAGAGACCUGAGGUCCAGAAGCAGAUGCUUUCUGAUAUGGCCAAGAAGCUACCAGUUUACACAAGAACUGGGAGUGGAGCCGUAAGGUUCUGUGACCGGUGCCAUUUGAUCAAGCCAGAUCGCUGCCACCACUGCUCUGUCUGUGCCAUGUGUGUAUUAAAAAUGGAUCAUCAUUGCCCUUGGGUUAAUAACUGCAUUGGAUUUUCCAACUAUAAAUUCUUCCUUCAGUUCUUAGCUUAUUCUGUUCUCUAUUGCCUGUACAUUGCUACAACGGUCUUCAGCUAUUUCAUCAAAUACUGGAGAGGGGAAUUGCCCAGUGUUCGCUCUAAGUUCCAUGUCCUUUUUCUCCUCUUUGUGGCCUGCAUGUUUUUUGUCAGCCUUGUGAUUCUCUUUGGUUACCAUUGUUGGCUUGUCAGCAGAAACAAAACCACCUUAGAGGCCUUCUGUACUCCAGUGUUUACAAGUGGCCCAGAGAAAAAUGGGUUCAACCUUGGCUUCAUCAAAAAUAUCCAGCAGGUGUUUGGAGAUAACAAGAAGUUCUGGUUAAUACCUAUUGGGUCCAGCCCUGGUGAUGGACACUCUUUCCCUAUGAGGUGUAUGAAUGAGUCGCAGAACCCAUUGCUAGCAAAUGAAGAGCCCUGGGAAGAAAAUGAGGAUGACAACCGAGAUUAUCCAGAAGGAUCAUCAUCUCUUGCUGUGGAAACGGAAACGUAGCAGUUUUCACAUUUCCUGCAUCUCUCAAACAGGGGACAUGGGUUUGAGCCCUGGUCCAGGAAGAUCCCACAUGCCGUGGAGCAACAAAGCCCUUGCACCACAACUACUGAGCCUGUGCUCUAGAGCCUGCGAGCCACAACUACUGAAAGCCCGCACACCUGUGCGCCACAACCACUGAAGUUCGUACAUCAUAACUACUGAAGCCCACGUGCCUAGAGCCUGUGCUCCACAACAAGAGAAGCCACCGCAAUGAGAAGGCAGUGCACCGCAACGAAGAGUAACUCCUGCUCGCU